AUGCUCUGUUUUUUUCCCUCUCUCUUCCACACCUCCUCUCCGCUUGGUCUAUUCUGAGACUGUCGGAUAUAACGAGCCUCAGAAAUGGUGUAGGAUAACAGGAAAGGCGCAAGAAACCGAAACCAAGGAGAUAGACAAGGCCUAGGCGAAAGGUUGAGGAGAGCUUGUCAAGAGGUUGUCUCGUGCCUCCCGAGGAAGGGGGGGGGGCAAACCAGGCCAUCAUGGAGAAUGAACAGGGACCCCCAGCCUCCAGCGCCAGCAGCAGCACAGGAACCACUAGCGCCACCACCAGUACCCCCAGUGCCACCACCAGUACCACCAGUACAAGUGCUGGGAGGCAGGCUGUGCCUCAAAUCUCCGUCUACAGCGGCAUCCCAGACAGACAGACAGUCCAGGUCAUCCAGCAGGCCCUGCACCGGCAGCCCAGCACAGCUGCGCAGUACCUGCAGCAGAUGUACGCAGCCCAGCAACAGCACCUCAUGCUGCAGACCGCCGCCCUGCAGCAGCAGCAGCUGAGCAGUGCGCAGUUGCAGAGCCUGGCAGCUGUGCAGCAGGCCACCAUAGCUGCGGGGAGACAGGGGUCCAACCAGAAUGGCACCACAUCCCAGCAUGCGGGGUCCACUCAGACCACCAUUAACCUGACCACCUCUCCGGCGGCUGCCCACCUGAUAAGCCGGGCCCAAAACGUCAGCUCCGCCCCCUCCGCAAUCUCCCAGCAGGCUGUGCUGCUGGGCAAUGCAUCCAGCCCCGCCCUCACCGCCAGCCAGGCACAGAUGUACCUGCGUGCCCAGAUGGCACAGCAAAGUAACCUUGUGCAAGUAGCUAGGAGCCUAGGCCGUGCUGUUCCUUUGUCCCCCCAGCUCAUUUUCACGCCGACCGCCACCGUGACCGCGGUCCAGCCAGACGCCACCACACAGUCCGCCGGGCAGCAGUCCGCAACCGCGCAGGUGCAGAACUUGGCUAUCCGCAGCCAGCAGGGGGCAGCAUCGUCCUCCCCCUCCCAGGCACAACUGCAAGGCCUGAGCCUCAAGCAAAGCCCCCUUUCUGUCCAGCCCACGAGCCAAGCCAAGGGCCCCGCCCAGGCGAGCCAGGGCUCCGGGGCAAAAGGUGGUGCCACUGAGGGCUCGGUGGAGACAGGGAGGAAGGGGGAGGGGCUGGAGACCCACCUGGUGAACAUGAGCCGCAACGGUCCCUCUGUGAGCAGCCAUCCCCUCAUCGCUCCAGCAUACGCACAGAUACAGCCUCACCAGCUGGUGCAGCAGCACAAACAGCAGCAGCACUUUGUGAUACAGCAGCAGACUCAGGUGUCCCAGCGGCCGUCGGCCCAGUUGCUGCAGACCGCAUCCGUCCAGCCCCACCUCCAGGCCCAGGCCGUUCAGCCUGUCCCCGUCCCGGUGCUGCCCAGGCCCCCAGCGCCGCGCCAGCAGGCCACCAUAUUUCACUCCACCGUCAGCCCCCAGGCACUGGGGCACCCACCUGCCUCGCCCAGCCAGCCCAAGGCCGCCCCCGUGCAGCUGACGGCGAUCAACCUCCAGAUCCAGCCAGCGCCCGGCCCAGGUGCACAGCUUACCCAGGAUGCCAGCAAGGAAAAGCCAACCUCGCUGGUCGUCAGGGAGACAAACCCCGCGCCUGUUUCCCUUCAGCCCACCCCCACCCCCACCCAGGAGGCGCCUGGCACAGAUCAGUCCAGGUCCGACUCCACCGGGCCCUCCGCCCCAGCUGAAGGUGCUGCCGAGGGGGCCGGCGCCAAACCAGAAGCGUGUCCCCCGCCAGCCAUGACCUCGGGGAACGAGGAGGACGCCCCCAGCGUGGCCGGCAGCGCUCCUCAGAACGGCGAGAACAAACCCCCCCAGGCCAUCGUGAAGCCGCAGGUCCUCACGCACGUCAUCGAGGGCUUCGUCAUCCAGGAGGGAGCCGAGCCCUUCCCUGUGGAGCGUGCCUCACAUUUGGUGGACAACCUGAAGAAGCCCAGCCAGCCACUCCCUUUGGACUCGGAAAAGACCCACCAGAGCAGCCCCCCCGCCGCCACCGACUCCGAGAUGGAGGAUCUGACCCAGCAAGAGCUCGGGGAUCAGGAGGAUGCAAAUGAGCCACGUCUGCAGUGUGAGCUCUGCGGCUGGGUCGACCUGGCGCACAAGUUCAAGGGCUCCAAGCGCUUCUGCUCGGUGGUGUGUGCGAAGAGGUACAACGUCGGCUGUACGAAACGCAUGGGUCUCUUCAACCCAGACCGCAGCAAAACGACGAACCGCUGGCGGCGGAAAUCACGCAGCGGCAGCCGCCAGGGCAUAGAGGCCAAAAAGCAGAGGCUCAGCACCCCCCCACAGCAACUAGGUGGCUCCGUCUCCUCCGCCUUGCCCCCCUUGCCCAGCCAGGGCGAGUCCAGCCCGUGCUCAGAGGUAUCCAGCUACGAGGGGCCCCCGUCACCCUUGUCAGCGGCCAGUUCGGGUGCCCAGGGGGCCCCGGGAGAGCGAGCCUCGGACCCUGAGGGCGGAGUCAGGGAGCUGCCCCUCCUCACGCAGCACUUCCUGCCCAGUGACCCCACCCAGUGGAAUGUGGAGGAAGUGUACGAGUUCAUUCGCUCCUUGCCAGGCUGUCAGGAGAUUGCAGAUGAGUUCCGCUCGCAGGAGAUCGACGGACAGGCCCUGCUUCUGCUGAAGGAGGACCAUCUAAUGAGCACCAUGAACAUCAAGCUGGGCCCCGCACUGAAGAUCUACGCUCGGAUCAGCAUGCUGAAGGACUCGUAGCUCUCCAUGUUACCCCCCCUCCCCCAUGAUCCGCCAAGGCAGAGCCUUGACUAGUUCUGCACUAUGACCUCACAUCUGUGGGUGUCUCCCCUGCCCCCCGCCCAUAUACAGGUGCUACAUCUGUUCUCUUGUACCCUGCAGACUGAGUGGUGCACUUCCCCGCGCUGGCCCUCCUAGAGGUAACUCUGAAAUGACUGUUACUGACCAUUAGGGGGCGCUCUCUCUCCAUAACCUUAUAGGAUGAACACCAACACCAUGAAGAAGAUCUGACCUGAAACAGAUCAGACUAAUUUAUUUUUGUGGGGAUCCACUUGUGCGAUUUUAAAUUACAUCAAGACAUUUAAAAUAAAUAUAUACAAUUGUAAUAUAUUUAGGUUUUGAGAUACUGUCUAUGUUUGAUUUAUGUUUGUUUUUGUUGCUGGAACAGGUAUGUAUAAACUGGUGCUAGUUCAACGUCUGGGUUUUAAGAUCUUGGUCAUCUUGGGCAGUACAUCCCUGUGGUACUUUGGACCAAGUUCAGCCUUGGUUUGCAGUCACAAUGGCUCGCCUUAAAAACAACAGCGCCUCCCUCAGUCUACGGAGGGAGCCUACAGUGUACGCAUUUCAUUUUUAAUUUCUUUGCAACCCCUCCAUCUGCCCCCAUUGACAAAGCUUGAGGAAAUGCCAGCAAAGAAUAUCUGUGGGAAAUGCAAGAGAAAAAAAUGUCCUUUGUCUGCAUGUCCAAUUCGUUUGCAUAUUUUCUUUCGUUCGAUGAAAAUAUGAAUGUGGUAGUUAUGGUCACAGCAUGUUGAGAAAGGCCAGACUGUGACUGAAAAUGUGUGAGUAGGGGCUCUAAAUGCAGGUACCCCCCCAAAGUAAUUCUUCCAAAGACGCACAGCUCGACCCCCCCCGCCGCCCCCCGCCCAUUACUAUGGCACUUAGACAGAUGGUCUGAUUCUGUUUUUAUGAGGUGUUACUGUGCUGGUGUUCUCUUCUAGCAAUUCACUGUUUGGUAGGAAUCUGUCGGAGGUGUAAACAGCGUGUUCUCCUAAUCUUCCUAUUUUUUUACUUUUAAUUUUUUUGGAGUUAACUAUGUAUGUUGGAAUGUUAUUUAUGAGCAUUCAAUCCAAGCACUCACGCUUAACUCUGUUCCGAAACGCGGACUAUUGGUUACAUUGUGUGUUACUGUGAAGAGACUGUGUGUGUCUGUCGUUAAAUUUGUUAGCCUCAUGGAGAAUGUUUGUGUCAGAAUAAUGCUUUGUCGAAAUGGUCAUAUUUAUUGAGAAAAUGGGUUUGUACAUUUUUUUUAUUCUUAAAUACAUUUUUUUUAAUGUA